CUACCGCAGCUCACUACAAACAUCAGCUUAAGUGUUCCAUUUUAUAUUGUCAAUUAAUCCAAUCUUAGCCAUGGCAUUCAAGUACGUCCUGUUGUCCUUCUGCGCUGUGGUGGGUGUGGCCAGUGCUGGCUUCCUGGCUCCGGCCACCACAUAUGCCGCUGCCUCCAUUCCCGUGGUGGCCAAGGUGGCGCAGCCCCACUACGAUGCCGUGGGAACCACCCAGCAGAAUGUGGUGCGCUCCUUCGGCGGCACUGUGUCCACCUACUCCAAGAACGUGGUCACCCCGUACUCCAGUGUCAGCAAGGUGGACUCCCGCAUCACCAACAAUGUCUACACCCCCAAGACCCUGUACUCCGCACCUGCUCCCGUGAUCACCAAGUCCUUCUACGCUGCUGCUCCUGCUCCGGUCGUGGCUAAGACUGUCUACUCCGCUCCUGCUCAGGUCUACGCUGCUCCAGCUCCAGUUGUGGCCAAGACCGUGUACUCUGCUCCCGUCGCCAAGGCUGUUUAUGCCGCCCCAGCUCCAGUCUACGCCGCUCCUGCUCCAGUCGUUGCCAAGACCGUGUACUCCGCUCCUGCUCCUCUGGUGGCUGCCGCUCCCGCCGCUUAUGUGAAGUACUCGCCCGCCGCCGUGGUUGCCCACGCCAGCUUCGAUGGAUUCGGAUCCCACUGGGGAUACUAGGUCAGGUCAUCCCAUCUUUUGUUGACACUUUGUUGAAUUGUCUGUACGAAAUAAAGUCUGUUUAUAACUGAA